AUGGCUUCGGGGGACUUUCUGCAGAAGCAAACAGUCGACAGAAAUCGUCUGAACCAGCGCAAUUUCCGCGCUCGUCGCCAAGCCUAUGUCCAAGAGCUGGAGCAGCGUAUCCGGAAGCUGGAAAGUGAUGGAGUCCGCGCAACACAAGAGGUCCAAGCUGCCGCUCAGCGGGUGGAUAGGGAGAAUCGACUCCUCAGGCGGCUGCUCGAAACGCGGUUCGGGGUUGACUCGCAUCAAAUCAGGCAGUACCUUUCUGAAUUCAGCGACGCCGCGGAUAAUUGCAUGAAAAAGCCUCUUCGAAAAGGGUGUAAACCGGAGUUCUCGAGACCAUCAGAAGAAGCAGGAUUCACUCUUGCAUUGGCCACCAAUCCUCAAGAAUCGCUUGGGGUUGGAGUGACCCAAGAUUCCAGCUUUACAGAAGCAACCUCUCCGAACGAAGAGAGACAACAAGACCUUAAGAUCCUCCGCAAACCUCCAGAGUAUGAUGACAACAAGUCCCCUGCAGCUCCGUCGACGAGCAUAGACGCGCUACGGCCAGCAGAAGUUGAAUCCCAUAUUCGUCUAUUUAACCAUCGAUCCCCGCCGGCUCUAGAUACACUGGCCUCGAUUAGGGGCCAAACCCGCGAUGGCGAAUGUGAAGCUGGGCAUUGUCAUUCAUGUCGUGUUCACCCUACAAACAAGCGCCUUCGAGGUUCCUCUGCUCCAUCUGAGCAAAGACCUGGUACUUCCGGAGGAGAAACCUCGUGCGAGGAAGCCGCUAGGAUCAUUGCAAGUCUUCGUGGCCAGAAUACCAGUGAGGAUGUGUGGAAUGAACUCGGUUGUGGCACGAAUCAAACCUGCAAAGUUAAAAACUUAUCUGUUUUUGAGCUCCUGGACAAGGAAUGA